CGUCAAAAAGAUUCGGACCACGGUGGAUAAGCGGCUGCGAUCCGGUCAAAGGCAAACAAUUCCAGCUAUACUCUGAGCAUCGACCGUGGCGCAACCUGCAUCCGCAUCUUUUUCCGCUUCAGUAGCACCAUCUACCAUGGAAGUCGUUCGUUGUGGCAUCCACGGCUUUGGCGAGGCCAUUGGCAUCGACGCUGAUGAGGUCCGCGUUUUCUGGAAGCUCAAUUUUGCCAGCGAGCAUGCGACGCAAGUUGCCUACCGUCUGAUCGUAUCCAGCGGCAGCAGUAUCGAUGUGGCACGAGAUGGCCUUUGCUACGACUCGGGGCGCGUUGAAAGCAGCGAGCAACGAAACGUCCUCUGCCGACCAAAGGGAGGCUUCAAGUCUACCACCCUCUACUUCUGGACUGUGCGAGUCUGGGACCAGGAUGGAAAUGAGGCCAUCAGCUCCAUCAACGAGCUCUACACUUCGUACCCACGGUCGUCCAGGCUCUUGCCGCCGUAUAGCAUGAACCAGACUUAUAUGCCACACUCAAGUCUCAUAUUCCGAACCUGGUUCGAGGACGAGCCCAACCGCUGGAAGGCCGUAUGGAUUGGCGACGGCGGCGACAAGCCCAUUUAUCUUCGCAAGACACUAAGCCUCAACGGCAAAAAGCCAUCUCGCGUGUUCGUUUUCGCUUCUGGCCUAGGACACUUCAACCUGAGCAUCAAUGGUCAGGCAGCUUCGCCUCAUGUGUUGGAUCCGGGCUGGACCAAUUACCACAAAACCGUGCAAUUCGUGGGAUACGACGUGACGGAUAAGUUCGUAGACGGCGAAAACGUCAUCGGCGCCCACGUUGGCAAUGGCUUUUACGCGGGAGAUCAAGGCGAUCGUUUCUUCUGGCCUAAGUACGAGGACAACACAUAUGUCCGUUACGGAAACGAGCUAUGCUUCUUUGCGGAGAUCCAUGUGCACUACGCUGAUGGUUCUUACGAGUGUAUCAUCUCUGAUCCCACCUGGAGUGUCCGGAAGAGUGCAACGACUCUUGCCAACAUUUACGCAUCCGAAGACCAUGAUAGUCGGGCUUACCCUGUGGGCUGGGAUGCGCCAGGCUUCGAUGGUGCCGACUGGAAACCGGCAAAGCCUUUGACCGGGCCGAGAGGAAAACUACGAUACCAGAGUCAGCCUCCAGUUGUCCUGCACGACACCUUUGUGCCCAUCAGCGUGACCGUGGUCAAGCCAGGUGUCAUCAUGUACGACCUAGGCCAGAACUCAUCCAUCAUGGUGCGAGUUGAGGCCAGUGGGCCAGCUGGCGCACAAUAUCGUGUCAAGUACUCGGAAACGAUCGGCGAAGAUGGAAUGGUCUUCAUGCCCGAUCCUCUGUUCAAGGAGUUUGAGACUGGCGUCUACUCCAAAAUUACUCUUUCUGGCAAAGGCGAAACUGAAGUUUGGAUGCCCGACUUUAGCUUCACCAGCGCGCGAUAUAUUCAGAUUGAGGGCGCGUGCCUAAAGACCAAGGACGCUUACCUAAACGACGAGACUGCGCCACUCAAUGGCGAGUUUGUGUCAAUCAACGGAGAGGAUGUGUCCCUCGGCGGCGAAGUUACAUUGCCCACAAUUCAUUCGCUCACACCUCGGCAUGUCUCGUCAGCUGCGCAACAUCUUGGCUUUGUAAAAACGGAUAAACAAGAUGUCAAUGCCCUUAUAAACGCUUGUUACUGGUCAUUCAACUCCAACAUCUUCAGUUACCAUACGGAUUGUCCCCAGAUUGAAAAAUUUGGGUGGUUGGAGGUGUCUUCUCUGCUGUUCCCCUCUACACAGUACAUGCGCGACAUGGAAGGUGUAUAUUCCAAGAUUUUAGAUGACAUUAUCGACGCUCAAGAGCCUUCCGGCCUUGUUCCAACCAUGGCACCAUUAGUCCGAUACAUGUGUGGUCCUAUGCACGAUACAAUCACCUGGGGAGGCGCCGUAUGCCUGCUUCCUGAACUCAUCAAGCGCUACUACGGCAGUACUGCCACCUUUGCCAAAAUUUAUAAGCCCUGCGUGCAAUAUAUGGAGUACAUGGAGCAGAAAGAACGAGACGGCGGGUUGAUUGAGCACGGACUUGGAGACUGGGGACGAGAUAUCGCCUUUGGCAAUCACCAAGCCAAUAUUGAGACGGCUGUUUAUUAUAAGUGUCUACGCAAUGUGGCGAUCAUGGCCAAAGAACUAGGAUUUACCGACGACGAGCUCAAAUUCACCUCCUGGGCAGAGCGGAUAUACGCUGUAUAUAAUAAGAACCUUCUUAUCACCGAUAAGAAGGACUUCCCAUAUGCAUUCUACACCUCGAUCGAUAACCCCGGUACUCGAGACCGCACUAUGGUUGCGCAAGCCGUCGCCCUCCAAUUCGAUCUUGUCCCCCCGGAGAACCGAGCCGACAUCAUCACUGCCUUCCUCGCCGAUAUCGAAGACUCGGGCCACGUCAUGCGAGCUGGAGAGAUUGGUCUCAAGUAUCUCUGGAACACUCUGGCCGAAGCGGAUGUAGACCGGCCCGACAUCGUGCUCGAUAUGGCACGGCAGGAGGAGCAUCCCUCGUAUAUGCGAUUCUUACGCCAAGGCGAGACGACGCUUCUAGAAUUCUGGCAGGAUAAUUGCCGCUCGAAAUGUCACGAUAUGCUGGGUACAAUCUACGAGUGGUUCUACAGCUACGUGCUUGGAGUUCAACCCCUAACGGACGCGUAUCGCACGUGGAGGCUCAGGCCUUGCUUUAAAGCCGAAUUCGAUUUCAUUCAAGGCGAGAUCGAGUCGCCCUAUGGCAUGAUAUCUGUUGAGUUCGACCGCAGGGGAAGACAGGAUGGCAAGGCAGUGGUGUUGGUCACGGUGCCGACUGGAACGGUUUGCGAGCUGGUCCUGCCCGGCGAGACCAGCGAGACCAUAAUUCGGAGAGACAACACCAAAGAGACCAGAGUCUCCAAGGGAAAGACGUUAUCGCUCUUGCAGGGUAAGUAUCAUUUGGAGAUCGUCCCAUAGGAUAGAGACUUCCGUAGAGCAGAUUUACAGUACGAUAGAGCAUAAACAUUAUUUGGACCAG